AUGCAGACCCCGAGUGCUCUCCGUCUCGUGGCGGCUGCUGCGGUGGCUUCGCUCGCCGCGCUGACCGCCGACGCGCAGCUUGUGGGCUCCAACACGGCCGAGACCCACCCGCCGCUCACGACUCAGACCUGCACGAGCAGUGGCUGCACCGACGAGGAUACCUCCAUCGUGCUGGACGCCAACUGGCGCUGGCUGUACAAGGAGGGCACGUCCACGAACUGCUACACCGGAAACUCGUGGGACAAGACCAUUUGCUCGGACCCCAAGACGUGUGCGUCCUCCUGUGCCCUCGACGGCGCCGACUACACCGGGACCUACGGUAUCACCGCUGAGAGCAACAGUUUGAGCUUGAAGCUGGUGACCAAGGGUCCGUACAGCACCAACAUCGGUUCACGCGUGUACGUCAUGGAGUCGGACGACACGUACAAGGCCUACAAGCUGCUGAACCAGGAGUUUACCUUCGACGUGGAUGUAUCGGGCCUCGACUGCGGUCUCAACGGCGCCCUGUACUUCGUGGACAUGGAGACCGACGGUGGCAUGAAGCGCUUCCCCAGCAACAAGGCUGGUGCCAAGUACGGCACGGGCUACUGUGACGCGCAGUGCCCCCAGGACCUGAAGUUCAUCAGUGGUGAGGCUAACGUCCUUAACUGGACCCCGAACAAGAUCGACAGCAACGCCGGUACCGGCAAAUACGGCGCCUGCUGUGCUGAGAUGGAUAUCUGGGAGUCGAACAGCAUCAGCAACGCCUACACGACGCACCCGUGCACGAUCUCGUCCAAGGCUGGCGGUGCCUACCGCUGCUCGAGCGCCACGGAGUGCGGUGUUGGCAAGAACCGCUACAAGGGCGUCUGCGAUAAGGACGGCUGUGACUUCAACCCGUACCGAAUGGGCAACAAGACGUUCUUCGGCCCUGGCUCGGACUUCACCAUCGACACGACCAAGAAAGUCACGGUGGUGACUCGCUUCAUCACGGACGACAACACGGCCACGGGCACCCUCAGCGAGAUCACGCGCUUCUACGUGCAGGACGGCGUGACCCACGAGAUGCCUCACUCGACCUUCUCGGCCAUCAAGGGCAUGAAGUCCCUCAAGGACAACCAGUGCUCGGCUGCCAAGACGCUCUUCGGCGACGAGGACGACCACAAGGCCAAGGGCGGCCUCGAGCAGAUUGGUCUGGCCAUGAAGCGCGGCAUGGUGCUCACCAUGAGUCUGUGGACCGACAACGUCGCCCAGUGCCUGUGGCUCGACUCGGACUACCCCGUGACGGCGGACGCCUCCAAGCCCGGUGUCUCGCGCGGUACGUGCGCCAAGACGUCGGGUGUGCCCAAGGAGGUCAUCGCUGAGCAGGCCGAGGCCACCGUCCAGUUCAGCAACAUCCGCUUCGGUGACAUUGGCACGACGGUCAAGGGCAUCAGCACCAAGAUGACCAAGACCACUACGACCACCAAGAAGACUACUACUCCCAAGAAGACCACCGCUCCGUCGGCGGCCACUACGGAGACCGCCAAUGAGGCUGACCCCGAAGAGGUCGGAGCUGAUGCUGACACUGAGGCUGCGUCGGUCGACACGGAGGCUGCGUCGGUCGACACGGAGGCUGCGUCGGCCGACACUGAGACCGAGUCGGCUCCUGCUACGACCACCAGCUCGUGCAAGCGCCGUAAGUAG